AUGUACCACGUUUACCAGUUUAUCAAUUAUCAGGACUUACUCAAGCGCAAUACGCCUCUUUCGGACUGGACGAUUGGCACGUCCCUCAACCUGAGUGACUACAUCAGCCCAUUGGACGAUACUGCUCUAAUUGUGCCUCGUGGCUUUUGUAAGAGCAAAACUCUUCUACUAAUUGUCGUGGCGUCGAGCGUAAACGGCUAUGACCAACGCCAGGACAUUCGGGAGACCUGGGGUAACACCACACACUUUAACUAUCCAGUCUUUGCCAAGCUGCAUAGCCACCUCAAGGGAUCUUACCGUCCGCCCAUGGAGAGCCGAUUGCGCCUCUACUCGGACUUCCUCAGUGGUGAGGGCGAGACUCUGACGGCCUCUGUGCAAGUCGUGUUUCUCCUUGGCCGUAGCAAGUAUAGCUCCCCUCGCGACAACGAAUCUCUAGUUCAGGUCUGGGAGGAGGCAUACCGAUACAACGACAUUCUCCAGGAGGACUUUAUAGACACCUACAACAAUCUGACGCUGAAGUCCGUGCUGGCUCUAAAGCAACGUGGCACUGUACCGCUAUAUAACGAUAGCAUAUUGUAUACGUCAAGGUGGCAGUCCAGCCUGAGAGCCACCAAUGGAGUGAUGCUAGGGAAUAAGUUCACUAAUUCACAACCCCUUAUCAAUGUGAACAGCAAGUGGUACAUGCCCUACUACAUGUAUCCACACAGCACAUAUCUAGAGUAUCUUUCAGGGGGCGGCUACCUUCUCUCCAUAGAUGCGGUGCAGCGCCUGUACGAAGCUGCCUGGUCUACCAGGUGUUACUUAGAGGACAUUUAUGUCACUGGACUCUAUGCCCAGCAGGCUCACCUGAAGCCCAGGCAUAGUUCGCUAUUCACCAUUCUACGCACAACUAGGUUCUGCUCGUUCAAGGCAAUGAUCAUUCAGCAUCAGGUGAAGGGACGCCAAUUAAGGGAUGCGUGGAAGUUCUUUUCUGACUAUAUUGAAAAGUGCGCGCCGCCAGAUCCCAUCGUUGAUUAG